UCUGAUUGAAGCGAAGUCGCCAUAGCGACGUUACCUAGCAACCGAAACAAACGCUAAACCUUCAAUGUCCACGACACACAAUUAAAUGAGAAAUGGGAAAAGACUAUUACACGACAUUGGAAGUUCAUCGAGGCGCAUCUGACGCGGACUUGAAACAAUCGUAUCGUCGACUAGCACUGAAAUAUCAUCCACAAACCAACAGCCAGGCAGAUGCCUAUGAGAAUUUCAACCAACUUGGAGAAGCUUAUGAUGUUCUGAGUGACCCUCGAAAAAGGGCCACGUACGAUAAGUUUGGAGAAGAGGGCCUCAAGGGUGGAAUUCCUCCAGAGUCAGCAGCAAGUGGCGCGUGGUCAUCUGGAUACACCUAUCAUGGAAAUCCUGAGAAAACCUUCAGAGAGUUCUUCGGCGGAGAUAAUCCUUUUGCUGAUUUUCACACCUCAGAAGAGGAGCUGGCUUUUGGAGGUCUCCGUGGACGAAAGAUGAAAAGGCAGGAUCCACCCAUUGAGCGUGAAAUGCAUUUAGCCUUAGAGGACCUUUUCCACGGAUGCACCAAAAAGAUCAAGAUAUCGCGACGUGUAAUGAAUGAAGACGGUCAGACAUCAAGCAUCAAAGACAAGAUUUUAACCAUCACUGUGAAACCAGGCUGGAAGGAAGGGACACGGAUUACAUUCCCAAAAGAGGGAGAUCAGCAAUUUGUCAACAGCUAUAAUGGGUUGUGGAGGCGUUCCUGUUAUCACAGCUAUAUUAAAACGCUGUACCAUUGUAUCCUACAGGGGCCAAACAGCAUCCCAGCAGACAUAAUUUUCAUCAUUCGUCAAAAACCUCACCCACUGUUUGUCCGUCAAAAUGAUGACUUGAUUUACACAGAAAACAUAUCACUGGAGAAGGCACUGACUGGGUUUUCGGUGGAUGUGGAGACACUAGAUGGCAGACUUCUCAACAUUCCUGUCAACGAGAUUGUAUGUCCACAGUACAGGAAGUUGGUGACUGGAGAGGGAAUGCCUUUAUCCGGCAACACGACUGCACAUGGAGAUCUGAUCCUCCAGUUUAAUACCCAGUUCCCACGGAGUCUCUCAACUGAGAAGAAACUGCUUAUUAAGCAAGCCCUUUCUAUGUGACUUCCUUUCCUGAAACUUGUUUCAUAGACAACCCACUUCCCCAAUCUUGUUUUGUAUUGCAGAUGUGAGCAGAUGGAAGGAGGAAAAAAAAAACCAGUUCUGCUUUUGAAAAAUAAAAGUUGUUUUAGAAAAAAACUUUAUUAGCCUGCUUUUUAAAAAGCUAAAAUCAGAAGAGAAAUAAAAUCAAAGACCAGCUUUCUAGUCCAGGAUACACUUGAAUGAAUGGAACUUUGUGGCUUUUUUUUUUUAAGGGGAGGAAGAAACUUA